GCGGCGCUGGGGAAGAUGGCGGCUGCGGUGGGCAACGCGGUACCUUGCGGGGCCCGGCCCGGCCGGCAGCCUAGGCCCGGGCCGCAGCCGUGCGCGCUCCUUCCCGCCGGGCCAGCGCUCGUAGCGAGCGGGGACGAGCUGGUCGCCGGCGUGUGGCCGUACCGGCGGCUGGCGCUGCUGCGGCGCCUCACGGUGCUGCCGUUCGCAGGGCUGCUGUACCCAGCCUGGCUGGGCGCGGCGGCCGCCGGCUUCUGGGGCUGGGGCAGCAGCUGGACGCAGAUCCCCGAGGCUGCGCUGCUCGUGUUCGCCACUAUCUGCCUCGCGCAUGCGCUCACCGUUCUCUCGGGACACUGGUCCGUGCACGCGCAUUGCGCGCUCACCUGCACCCCGGAGUAUGACCCAAGCAAAGUGACCCUUGUGAAGGUGGUGCCGACACCCAAUAACGGCUCCGCUGAGCUUGUGGCCCUGCACCGAGAUGAGGGCGAAGAUGGGCGGGAGGUGCUGUCUUUCGAAUUCCAAAAAAUUAAGUAUUCCUACGACGCCCAUGAGAAGAAGCAGUUCCUUCCUGUGGCCUUCCCUGUGGGGAAUGCCUUUGCAUACUACCAGAGCAACAGGGGCUUCCAGGAGGAUGCGGAGAUCCGUGCGGCCGAGAAGAAGUUUGGGAGCAACAAGGCCGAGAUGGUGGUGCCCGACUUCUCAGAGCUCUUCAAGGAGAGAGCAACGGCCCCCUUCUUUGUGUUCCAGGUGCUGUGCGUAGGGCUCUGGUGCCUAGAUGAGUACUGGUACUACAGUGUCUUCACGCUGUCCAUGCUGGUGGCAUUCGAGGCCUCGCUUGUGCAGCAGCAGAUGCGGAACAUGUCAGAGAUCCGCAAGAUGGGCAACAAGCCCCACAUGAUCCAGGUCUAUCGGAGCCGAAAAUGGAGGCCCGUGGCCAGUGAUGAGGUGGUCCCUGGAGACAUCGUCUCCAUUGGCCGCUCCCCCCAGGAGAACCUGGUGCCAUGUGAUGUGCUGCUACUGCGAGGCCGCUGCAUCGUGGAUGAGGCCAUGCUCACAGGGGAGUCGGUACCACAGAUGAAGGAGCCUAUUGAGGAGCUCGAUCCUGAGCGGGUGCUGGACCUCCAGGCCGACUCCCGGCUGCAUGUCAUCUUUGGGGGCACCAAGGUGGUACAGCACAUGCCUCCUCAGAAGGCCAGCACGGGCCUAAAGCCGGUCGACAACGGAUGCCUGGCCUUCGUCCUGAGAACUGGAUUCAACACAUCCCAGGGCAGGCUGCUGCGGACUAUCCUCUUUGGGGUCAAGAGGGUGACCGCUAACAACCUGGAGACCUUCAUCUUCAUCCUCUUCCUCCUGGUCUUCGCCAUUGCAGCAGCUGCCUAUGUGUGGAUCGAAGGUACCAAGGACCCCAGCCGGAACCGCUACAAGCUGUUCCUGGAGUGCACCCUGAUCCUCACCUCCGUUGUGCCCCCCGAGCUGCCCAUUGAGCUGUCACUUGCUGUCAACACCUCCCUCAUCGCCCUGGCCAAGCUUUACAUGUAUUGCACAGAGCCCUUCAGGAUCCCUUUCGCUGGCAAGGUCGAGGUGUGUUGCUUCGACAAGACAGGCACCCUGACCAGCGACAGCUUGGUAGUACGUGGCGUGGCUGGGCUCCGAGACGGGAAGGAGGUGACCCCCGUGUCCAAUAUCCCUGUAGAAACACACCGGGCACUUGCCUCAUGCCACUCCCUCGUGCAGCUUGAUGAUGGCACGCUUGUGGGCGACCCCCUUGAGAAGGCCAUGCUGACAGCUGUGGACUGGACGCUGACCAAGGAUGAGAAAGUAUUUCCCCGAAGUAUUAAAACUCAGGGGCUGAAAAUUCACCAGCGCUUUCAUUUUGCCAGUGCCCUAAAGCGAAUGUCCGUGCUCGCCUCCUACGAGAAGCUUGGCUCCACCGACCUCUGCUACAUCGCGGCUGUGAAGGGGGCCCCUGAAACCCUGCACUCCAUGUUUUCCCAGUGCCCACCUGACUACCACAACAUCCACACCGAGAUCUCCCGGGAAGGGGCCCGCGUGCUGGCUCUGGGGUACAAGGAGCUGGGGCACCUCACCCACCAGCAGGCCCGGGAGGUCAAGCGGGAGGCACUCGAGUGCAACCUGAGAUUUGUUGGCUUCAUCGUGGUUUCCUGCCCACUCAAGGCUGACUCCAAGGCUGUGAUCCGUGAGAUCCAGAGCGCAUCCCACCGGGUGGUAAUGAUCACAGGUGACAACCCACUCACCGCCUGCCAUGUGGCACAGGAGCUACACUUCAUUGACAAGGCUCACACGCUGAUCCUGCAGCCUCCCACAGAGAUGGGCCGACCAUGUGAGUGGUGCUCCAUUGACGGCAGCAUCGUGCUGCCGCUGGCCGAGGGCUCCCCAAAGGCGCUGGCCCUGGAGCAUGCGCUGUGCCUCACGGGGGACAGCCUCGCCCACCUGCAGGCCGUGGACCCCCAGCAGCUGUUGCGCCUCAUCCCCCACGUGCGGGUGUUUGCCCGCGUGGCCCCUAAGCAGAAGGAGUUUGUCGUCACCAGCCUGAAGGAACUGGGCUAUGUGACCCUCAUGUGUGGGGAUGGCACCAAUGAUGUGGGUGCCCUGAAGCAUGCCGAUGUGGGUGUGGCGCUCCUGGCCAAUGCCCCUGAGCGGGUGGUGGAGCGGCGGCGGAGGCCCCGGGAUGGCCCCAUUUUGAGCAGUGGUAUCAGGGGCCCUUCACGGGCAUCCAGGCAGAGAUCGGGGCUCCUGUCCUCAGACGAACAGACAGCCUCCCAACGGGAUCGCCUGAGCCAGGUGCUGCGGGACCUUGAGGACGAGAGCAUGCCCAUUGUGAAGCUGGGAGAUGCCAGCAUCGCUGCACCCUUCACCUCCAAGCUCUCAUCCAUCCAGUGCAUCUGCCACGUGAUCAAACAGGGCCGCUGCACGCUGGUGACAACGCUGCAGAUGUUCAAGGUCCUGGCGCUGAACGCCCUCAUCCUGGCCUACAGCCAGAGCGUCCUCUACCUGGACGGCGUCAAAUUCAGUGACUUCCAGGCCACACUGCAAGGGCUGCUGCUGGCCGGCUGCUUCCUCUUCAUCUCCCGCUCCAAGCCCCUGAAGACUCUCUCCCGAGAGCGGCCCCUGCCCAACAUCUUCAACCUGUACACGGUGCUCACGGUGAUGCUGCAGUUCCUAGUUCACUUCCUGAGCCUGGUCUACUUGUACAGUGAGGCCCAGGCCCGGAGCCCCGCCAAGCAGGAGCAGUUCGUGGACCUGUACAAGGAGUUUGAGCCAAGCUUGGUCAACAGCACGGUGUACAUCAUGGCCAUGGCCAUGCAGACGGCCACCUUUGCCAUCAACUACAGGGGCCCACCCUUUAUGGAGAGCCUGACUGAGAAUAAGCCCUUGGUGUGGAGCCUGGCCGUGUCGAUCCUGGCCAUCUCUGGUCUGCUCCUAGGCUCAUCGCCUGAUGUCAACAGCCAGUUUGGCCUGGUGGACAUCCCAGUGGAGUUCAAGCUGGUCAUCGCCCAGGUCCUGCUUCUGGACUUCUUCCUGGCGUUCCUGGUGGACCGUGUCCUGCAGUUCUUCCUGGGGUCCCCAAAGCUGAAAGUGCCUUCCUGAGAUGGCAGUGCCAGCACCACUGCCCACUGGCCUUGCCUGGGGGAGCCCUGUGGGGCCUCUGAGGGAGCCCAGCCCCACAGUUCGACCAGCCACCUCGCCCACCAAGCCAAACUGGGCCCUGCAGGACCUGUCAGCGGUCCAUCCAGCAGAACUAGCCCUGGGCCAGCACCUUCAGUCAAUAAAGCAGCAUUGUGAUUUUAAGCA